AUGGGUUGGAUCAUUAACACAGUUUCACCUCCCAUAGCUGCCAUCAUUUUGUAUCGUGAUUGUGCUUCUGCAAUGUGGCAAGAUCUUCAUGAUCAGUACUAUCAAAGCAAUGGCCCUCAGAUUUAUCAACUGAAGCAGUCCAUUUCAAAUACCAAACAAGGGGAUCUUGACAUUACCACAUAUUUUACCAAGUUGCAAACUCUCUGUGAUGAGUUAACUAUGUUUAGGCCACUCACUGAUGGUGCCUCUUCAAAUAACCAAGAACAAGAUUAUGUCUUGUAUUUUCUAAUGGGUUUAAAUGAAUCCUAUGCCCAAAUACGCUCCAAUAUUUUGAUGAUGGAGCCCCUUCCUCCCAUUAACAAAGUGUUUUAUCUCAUCAUCCAAGAGGAAAAACAAAGACCCUUGCCUAACCUUCAGUUACCUAUUACUGCCCCUAUUCACACAAACAAAUCUUUUGGGAAGAAACCUUUACUGUGCACUCACUAUGGCCUCCAAAAUCACACACGCGAUCGUUGCUACAAGCUCCACGGUUUUCCCCCUGGUUGGAAACCAAAACCUUGUGACUCAAAUGCUUCAUGGACUGCCAAUAAACACUACAAGAAAAAAUGA